AUGAACGCCGCGUCUGGAUCCCGACGCGAGAAGAAGCACCUUCUCCGAUCUUGCGAGAGCUGCAGGGUCUCCAAGACAAAAUGUAUGCCCAAUGAUAUGCCCGAUGAGAAAUGUCAGAGUCGCAUUAUCGAAGUUGAGAAGAAGAUCGACAGCAUCUACUCGCUUCUGCAGACCGGUCCCACUUCACGAAGCAGAUUGAACUCACUACCCCCAGAAACACUCACUCCUCACUCUCUCACGUCUGCCGGCGAGAGUGCCUCGAGGGAGUCAGAGGAUGCAUCCCCAAAUGUGCCACAUGUAACGAAUUCAUCAUGUUCCCGUGAAGAGGCUUCGAGCGUGAUGGAUGUGUUCCAAAUGGGCAUCAUCACCGUCCAGGAAGCCGAAGUUCUUCUCAAAGAUUCUCUGUCAGAGUAUGAAGGCUGUCCAUGGGUGGUUCUGCCCUCCGAGCUCCCAUUGUACCUGUUUCGACUCGAAAGGCCUUGUCUUUUAUUGUCUCUACUUGCACUAGCCUCCCGGAAGCAGGCCGUGUUACAUGAGUCGCUCGAGCGUGAAUUCAGAAAAGUGAUUAGCGCCAAAGUCAUUAUGGAUGGCGGGCCAGACCUGGACCUGCUGCAAGGCUUAUUAGUCUAUCUGGCCUGGUACCACCUUUACCCCAAAGUGCAAGCGAAGAAACAUUAUAUUUUUGCGCAGAUUGCUGUUGCGAUAACUGCGGACUUGGGUAUCCCAACGCUAAUUUCAGGAGAGAGUGAUACUCGAGUGAAAGUAGAGCUGGAAAGGACUUAUGUUGGGGUGUACUACAUAUCCUCUUGCGUAUCACUGGUGAAUAGGAAGUCAAUCAGUUUGAGGUACGAUGAUUCUAUCGGAGACUACUCUCGGUCGCUUGCGGAGAUCAACCAUGCUACGACCGAUGCCGAUGUGAUUCAUUUCAUUGGGUUACAGAGGCUUGCCGAAGAGAUUGCAAGCACGUUUGGUUACGAUGCGACCAACAAAAAAGGACGCUAUCUCAGGUUGGACAAUGUCGAGCUAUCGGUCAAAGCGUUCAAGUCUCGGUUGCACGACUUUCGUCACCAUUUACCCUCGAACAGUACAUGUCUGGCAUCAAUCAUGCUCGCGUACGAAAGCACCUGUGUCUAUCUACAUGAAGUGUCCCUACAUAUGGAACAUUCCUUCGCAACAAGUCCAGUGCCUUUAGGUCGCGAAGCGGGAGAUUCGUCCCAAAGACGAAUCAGUCUUUUGCUAAGCUGCCUGGAGGCCACAAAGUCUUUCUUGGACUACUUUCUUCAAAUCCCACCAAGACUCAUCCUAAGACAUUGCACCUUUGAGAGAGGCCGACUGGCACAUGCGGUCACCGUCCUUAUAAAGAUUGCGUUCUGCGCGAGCCCUGGUCUUGAAAACUUUCCGCUACGGGAGGCAUGCAAUGUGAGCUACUAUCUUGACGCCUUGACUGAACAUCUUGGCAGCAUGAGCGCCAAUCUACCCGAUGAUGGCUGCCCGGACUCAUUCUCAGCCUUCAAAGCCAUGGGUGAGCGCAUCAAAAGCUGGUACGAGCGUAUGGAGUUCUUCGAGCAGGUGGGUAGCCCCUCAGAUCUGAAGGACAUGUCACCCUUGCAGUUCGUGGAGAUUGCAAAGGAAGAGCAGUCGACGAAUUUCGAUCUUAGCAAUCUGGAUUUCUCAUUCUUCGAGGCAGGCAGUUUCUUGGGUUAA